GGAGAUCAAUGGUGAUAAAUGUGGAAUACAACCAGCUUGAUCCCCUUCUAAGAGCCACUGAACAUCCUGAUGGAGAUGUGAAUUGUGAGGCUGGCUAUUCUCCUUUCCCGGGAAAUAUAAACCAAUUGAUAUUGGAACUCGGUCCUUAUAUUGAGGAGCUCUCAAAAACCAAAGGUGGUAUACAAGAGUUUGUAAACCCAAAAUAUAAAGAUGCUAGCAAAACUUCAUUCAAGUCUUCAACCCGGCUAGAGUGCAUGAUGCAAGAUUAUCCGAAAACUCUGCCCCCAACAGCUAGGGUUGGAUUUACGGUAAUGGAUGCAUGGCUUGCUUAUGCACCCGUGAAGAAUAACCCUGAGGAUGCAGCUAAGGUGCCAAAGGGAAAUCCGUAUCACAGUGCAACUUCUGGAGAAAUGGCCAUCUACCGUGCAAACAGCCUCAUUCUAAGAAAGGCUGGUGUCCAAGUAGCUGAUCCGCUACAAGACGUAUUCAAUGGACAGGAAGUGGAAGUAUGGCCUCUUCUCACAUGGAAGCCAAAAUGGGCUCUCACAUAUUCUGACGUCAAAAGAAAAGUUGGCGAAAGUUGCUCAAUUUCGCAAAAGUCUACUCUGGCUAUCAAGGGCCGCAAUAUUUUUCUUGAAGAUUUAUCCUUGGAUGGGGCUCUCAUAAUUGAUGCUAUUGACAAUGCUGAGGUAAAAGUGGAAGGUUCAGUUCAGAACAAGGGUUGGGUUCUUGAAAAAGUUGAUUAUAAAGAUACUUCAAUACGUGAGGAAAUAAGGAUAAGAGGAUUCAAAAUCAACAAAAUUGAGCAGCUAGAAAAGAAUUACAGCGAGCCUGGAAAGUUCUGCUUGAAACCUUGAAGUUGAAUAACUUGCCGAGUUACUUAAUUCUUUUCUCUCAAGCCUGAUAAAGUUCUUUUUUGCUUCCUUUUUCACUUCGUAGAUUUUUCUUUUAGAGCUAAAUUGGCUCCUGGGAAAAAUAAUGUAUUUAGAAUGUACACAUGUGGUGUUGUUGGAUGAAUUUAUCUGGCUUUUUCCUUUUUCUAUAUUUUAUUUCUGUGAAACAGAGAGCAAACUAAUGCUGCACAAUAUGCUUCGUGUAUGAAUUUUGUCUAUCAAUAAAUCUCUCAUUUUCAUCGUU